AGGGUGAGUGGGCAGCUGUGGCUUUCCUCACGACAGAGUAUCACUUCUUCGAUUUUGUAAAAUGCAAACUCCCCAGCGUCCCCCGUCCAUUGAAUUCGGACCUUCCUUCGACAGGCCAAAACAAGUAGAUAUCUGCUAUCGCGCUGCCUGUGACGGAGAUCUAGAUACCGUUAAAGAACCAGUAUGGCAGCUUCUCCACAAUCCUGAGGCGACAUUUCCUGAACGACCACAACCACGAUGGCUAUAUUAUUCAUUGUCUGAGGCGAUUCGGCAAGAGAACGUAGAAAUAAUUCACUUUCUACUAGACGAAAACGUUAAGAAUGGUGAUUUUCCAGCCAAGGCUACUGUGCGUAGUCGAGCGUUCAAGGUACUGGAACUAUUCCUUCAACGUGGAUGGGAUAUCAACCAGCCACUGUGCCGAAUUGAGCCCUCCGUGUUGUGCGUCCCUCUGUCUACCUCUGAUAAGGAGAUGGUUAUGUGGUUGCUUGACCAUGGUGCCAAUCCAAACAGCCGCUGCGAUUGGGAUUUUACACCUACAUCAGUCGCCAUGCUUGCUGCUCCUCUUGAAACUAUCAACACUCUUUUCGAACGAGGAGCAAACCCACUUUGUGGGCAACUCCUCCAUUAUGCUGUCCUGAGGGAUAAAUCUGACGCUCUGGAGGUGGUCUGCAAGAUUGUAGAGAAAGGUGCACCAAUCAAUGAGAUUAAGUACGAAAAGGAGCUUAAGACAUACUUCGAGCGCAAGCCGUUUGGCCUUGGAACACCACUCCACCGAGCUGCAGAGACUGGUAAGAAGGAUGUUGUGGAGUACUUGUUAAAGAUGGGCGCCGACUCCCUGAAGCUGGACAGCAAAGGUCUGACGCCACGUUACUGGGCAGAAAAGAAGGGCUUCACAGACGUGACUCACAUUCUCGAGGAGGCAGAGCGCAGACAGGUAAACGUUGAUUCAGUGUAAUUUGAUCUUUCUAGCGUUAAGAAAGGACGAACUAUCAACGGCAAGGAUAAAUCUGUCGAAGCAUUAGCGGAAAUCUAGAAACUCUGUAGGGUCCUUUUUUGUACCUACCUAUAAUAUAGAUAACACUUGAC